UUCUCUACGGGCUCUACUCAAGAGUCAAGAAUCAUGUGUUGGUUGUGCGGCGGUGUUGUGCGUUGAGGCUUGAUCGAAGGAAAACUAAAAAAAAUUCCCGCUCGAGAAUUUUCCGCGCCUGCUGUCUUUAGGCGGAAGAGUGAGCCAGCUUCCUGGUUGAACCCGUCGAUCUUGCGGGUCACCCAUUCGCGCAUGAUUUCGGAUCUUUAAAAAUUGUUUUUCCGUCUUCGUCCAGAGAGAGAGAAACGCAGAGAAAAACUGCAGUAAAGCUCAAGCAGUCGCGUUUCGGAAAACGUCGCGCAGGCGUCUCAAGCGAAUUCGAUGCAACAUGGAAGGCAAACGUCUUGAGAACAAGCGACGAAAGGAAAAAGAAAACUCUGGCAAGGAAGUCGACAUUCGGGCUGAGAAGAAGCGUAUCUUGAAGCACGACUGGAGUCAAACACGGGCCGAAGUGAGCGCUACAUUGGACGUGGGUUUUCCCCUGGAUUCCAACCAAGUGACCCUCGAAUGCACCGACUGCCAAUGUUCGGUCACGUUGCCGGAUGGUCGUCAGUGGCAGUGUGAGCUGUAUGCACCCGUGGUGGCUGAAUGCACCAGUCUGGUCCAGAAAUCCAAGAAAGUCGUCGUGAAGAUGGUCAAACAGGAUCCAAACAUCGACUGGCAGCAACUCGAGAAAGUGGAAGGGUCUCCUUCGCUGCCCUCGUCGGACGAAGAGUUGAAGGACGAGAACCCGACUGUCGAACUUGUGGGUCCGAAGUACGACUACUACGAGAGCGGGGCAAACGGGGACACUGUUACAGUCACACUGUUUGUUAAAAGCAUCUCCAAGGAGGCAUUGGCCGUGGACUUUGACGAAAGGGGCUUCCUGGUGAAGUUUCACACCAAGAAUACCAACACUGAGUUUCUGGAGCAGCAUGGAGCAUCAGAGGAGACAACGUUCACAUGGCGUGUCAACGUUAAGGAAGCCAUACGACCGGAGGACUGCCGGUAUAGGCUCAGCCCUUGCAAACUGGAGCUUGUGCUUAAGAAGAAGGUGCCAUCGCGGUGGUCGUCGCUCGAGCUCGCCCCUCCUGCCAAGAAAAUCGCAGAGCCAUUGCCCGCACCCAGCAACACAUGGGUGCCUGUGUCGAGGAACGUGCAAGGGAGGACCCCGCUGAGCAACGUGGCCCCCGUGCACCAGCUAACAAACAAUGUCCAGCCCAAUGUGCAGCCCCCCGCCUUGCUGGACUCUUGCGCCGGCGAUGCUUCAACUGCUUCAGCUGCCCUUAGCGACCCACUUUCAAAGAAGGUCAUCAACAAGCUGGAGCCACGGCCGCCACCUGCUCCGCCAGUUGCUCCGCCAGUUGUGGUUGCUCGCGGCUACACUGGCCUCGACAACUUGGGCAACACGUGCUUCAUGAAUGCGGUGUUGCAAUGCCUGGCCAACACCCGGGAGUUCAGAGAUUACUUCCUCAGUGCCACCUUCCAGGGUGAGUUGAACCGGGACAACCCCCUGGGCAUGCAUGGAGAGUUGGCCGUGGCUUUUGCCGUGCUCGCCUCGUGGCUUUGGUCGGGCAAGCAGCGCUCGUUUGCGCCCGACCGCCUCAAGCGCCUCAUCAGCAUCAAGGCGCCCCAGUUCACGGGCUUUGCUCAGCACGACGCCCAGGAGUUCAUGGCGUUCCUCCUGGACGGACUGCACGAGGACCUCAAUCGCAUCCACAACAAGCCUUACGUUGAGAGGGUCGAGUCAAACGGACGACCUGACAGCGUGGUUGCUGAUGAAUCCUGGAGCAACUACAAGCUUCGCAACGACUCCAUUGUGGUGGACCUCUUCCAGGGCCAGUACAAGUCAACGGUCAUCUGUCCGAAGUGUCACAAGGUCUCUAUCAGCUUCGACCCUUUCCUGUACCUGACAGUGCCGCUGCCCAAGAGACAGCGCGUUUUCGCGGUGCACUUUUUCGCACUAGACCCGCAGUCUGUUCCAGUCAAGCUCAGGGUCAGGCUCAGCCACGAUGCCAGGAUCCAGGAUCUCAAGGAGGAAAUCUUCAAGAAGACCAAGGUGUCUCCAAAGAAUCUGCGCUUGCUGGAAGUUUACAACCGAAGAAUUUACAAGGUGUACGGCAGAGAAGAAAGCCUCGUUGGAGUGACUCCGAAGGACCAGAUCUUUGCGUUUGAAGUCCUUGACAGGGAUGUUGCGCGGGAGAGGGUGGUGGAGGUGGCUGUUGUGCAGAGGGCGCUGAUGCCUCCCCUGGCGAACACCUGCUCAUCGUGCGGCAAGGAGUGCGUGGCCGAACAGGACAAACUCAAGCGUUGCACACGGUGCUUCCGCGUCGGCUACUGUAAUCGGGUGUGCCAGACCAACCACUGGCAGCAGCACAAGAGCGCCUGCAAAUUCUGCCCCGAGCUGGUGGGCCUGCCCUUCGUGGUCAGCAUGCCGGCGUCCCAGGCGACGUACCAGAACCUCUGCCGACUCAUGGAGGCCCAUUCAAGGCAUUCUGUAAAUGUCUUCCAACCACCUGUAGAGUCCACCAAGCGCACGCUGGAAGCAGCCACGGCUGCCUGUGCCAACGAGGUGGCUGACGUUAACCAGGAGGUUGAGAUUCAUGCCGACUCUGUGAGCCAGGGUGCCGGAGACAGCAGUGGAGCCAUGUUCACCGUCACCAGCGUGAGCUCUGAGAACACGGACUGUAAGACGGACUUCAUCCUCGAAGAUGAAGGGAAUGAGCCUCUGGACUUCAGUGGAGUGAUUCGUUUGGCGAUGGACUGGAAGAACGACCAGCGUCAAGGGAACUACGUGCUCGUCGAGUCCAAAGAAGUGGAGUAUGCAAUGUCCGACGACGACCGCAACAUGUCGAUUUAUGAGGAGGACGGCAUCACGCUGGACCAGUGCCUGCGGCUGUUCACGGAGCCCGAGGUGUUGGACCCGCAGGAGGCCUGGUACUGCCCGGGCUGCCGCGAGCACCGCCAGGCCACCAAGGAGUUCUCGCUGUGGCGGCUGCCCGUCGUGCUCGUCAUCCAGCUCAAGCGCUUCUCCUUCACCCGCUCCAUCUUCCGCGACAAGAUCGACAAGAUGGUCGACUUCCCCGUCUAUGGCCUUGACAUGAGCCCUUACUACUGCGGCCCUGGGAACAGCGACGGACACCCUCCCAUAUACGACCUUUUUGCCGUCACCAACCACCACGGCGGCAUGCUGGGCGGCCACUACACCGCAUUCGCGCGCUGCAUCGACCCCAUCGACACACGCCUGAGCGAGAUCGGCUGGAGGCUAUUCGACGACAGCCGUGUCGUCGACGUGUCGGAUCCUCGCGUGGUGACGGCAUCAGCGUACAUGCUGUUCUACCGGCGCCGGGGCGUCCCAUUUGACCUGCCCACCAAGAUGCCCCGCCCCUUGCCCUCUGCCUCACGGCUCGUGCCCGUCCAGUCGCAAAAGCUCGUUAAGGACCAGGAGAACUUGCUGGGUCAGGAGUUGGCCUGCCUCAACGACAGCAACAACAACAGGCGUGUCUGCGAGUCGUCCGACGACUCGACGAUGGACGACGAUGACGACGACAUGAACAGUCCCGACUGACGGACGCGGCUCGGAACUUUAGUGACCGCCGCGCUCUGGGUGGUUUUGAAAUUGUUACUUUUUCUUCUUUGCAUGGCCUGGUUUUAUUUAUGUUUUUUUCCCCAAGCAGCUGCCCUCUCUCUACGUGCCUAUUUUUUGCUGCUGGAAACGUACAAAAGGCCGUGGCAAGCCUCGGCAGUGCCGUAAGCUCGGCACGGUGGAAGUUGUCUACAACUGUCCACAACCGGCACUCUGAGGCAUCAAAAUCUGUGAAUUGGGGGGUAUAUUUGGAAUUCUCCUCGCCAGCUUUCCCGAGCAGAACAUGGUGUCAUGAAGAUGAAGGAUCGUUGCCUCGUGAAAGAGGUUUGAGGAUGUUGCUGGCACAAUCAUGUUGGCAGUGUAGCACAGUGCCCAUAUGUCGCAGUAAAUAUGAUAUUUGACCUUAAUUUGUGUCGGAAAAUCGUUGUUGUCUCGUGAAAUUCAGUGAUGAGGUACGCAAAAUGUCCUCAUACUUGCCAAGUCGACGUCUAAAUUUUUGCCAACAAUUUGACAAAAUACAAGAAACAAGGAUACUGGUCAAACCACAUCAGGAAUGCGGGAGAGUGCUAAAUCUUGCCUGUGACUUUGUCGAUAAAAUCAAUGCAAGCAAGAAUCCUUUUUUUCCUGCACCCCAAACUCAAGGCAGCAUGAUGCCACAACUGCGGGAAAGACUGCUUGUAGAAUUUUAAAUAUUCUUCCUACUAUAGGCUGUUCAAAUUGCUGCCUUUUAUUUUUCUUGCUAAGCAUUUCUAAUUAGGUGACGCGCUGCAUGCAUGCACUUCCUCCAUUUAUGCAACUGUCUCAUCGCUUUCCACAAAAGUCUGGGUAAACCAGAACAGGUCAGGCUCUCGUUAAUUUAUUUAUAUUAAUUAAGCGCAAAUAAUCGCAGAUGACGUCGUGCUUCUGAGUGAUCUCGCCUGAUCGUACGGCUUCUGAGAUUUAAAAAAAACGCACAGUUCGGAAAUACCACAUCUUUUUCGUGGCUGACGUAACAGUGCUGUGCCGUUCGUCCUUGAAUGCAGAAAACAGUCGCAGAUUUAACAAAAGCCACUGCAUUGAUACAGUUUUUCAGCUCAGAAAUUUUUCAAAAAAAAUUAUCGCUGUACCACAAGCAACCCUUCAUUUCGCACAAAAGCAGCUCUUGCUGUUAUGCACCUGAGGCAUCUAUUAAUUUAUCAUUUUAUGUAAGGAUUGAAGUAGUGGUCAUGGCUUGCUAUAAUGAGUGCCAUCAAGAAACUCAUUAAAAAAUGUAUACUCAUUUGGUCUGAUGAUAUCUGGCAUUGCUCAUUGAAAGGCUUGGGUUAGCAGCUUACAAAAGAUAGCUUUGCAUCACAGCAAAGAAAAAAAAAUCAAUCUCGAUAUCGUCUAAUUAUCUUUUGCGCUAAGAAGAGUAGUAAUGAAGUGAUAAUGCAUGUUUAGUAUCUCUUUUUUUUAAGAGUCAGUGUUUGGUUUACUUGUUUCAGUAUUGAUGAGGGAAAUGAGUCUUCCUUAGCCAGAAAAAUACUUGGUACUACUUUGUCUGCCAGCUCUGUGUAUUUUUCUCUAAACACUCGGUAGUAUCGCUGUUGUAGUGACAUCAUCUUUAAUAGCGUGUAAAUGCUCCCCUUCGUGCAAGUUUAUUUUUAUGCACCCUUUUUUUUGUUUUUUUUAGAGCAGAGGAGCAUCUCCCAGAUUGACAUAUUCUCUGAAAUCAGUAUAUAUGAUAGCUCCCGGCAAUGUUGGUCGCUUUUCGACGGAGGCAAAAUGCUAGAGGCCCGUGUACUGUGCAACUUCAGCGUACGUUUAAAACACCCUGGUGGUUGAAAAUUACCCAAAGCCCUCCACUACGGUGAUUUUCACAGCACGAGUCUUUUUGGGACGUUAAACCGCGUAAACAAAACACUAAACAGUAUAUUGAUAGCACUGGCACUGUAUUCUCGUCUGAACACAUCUGGUGUUACGAUUACAUAUAGUACAAAAAUAAUGAAGCUCUCAUGGAUCUGAUUGUUUAUUAAUUGCAAACUGCAUCAUUUUUUUCUUUCAUUAUUCCUUCUGGUGCAUACAGUCAAAUCAUCAUGUAACAAAUACUGAUAAAUAGAAGUAUUUCAUACAGUGUUACAAAUAUAUACGUUAUAACAGAUUUUUGGAUAUUACAAUGCUUUUCAUCUCAGAUGAGACUUUUUUAUAAUGAUGUUUUGACUGUACACAGUAACAAAGCUAUUGGUGGUUCUUUUUGUUAUGCUAUGAGCAUUCCUGUUCAGGCCUAAAAUUUCAGCACCCUAGUGUUUUAAAGCUCAGAUUUUAGGUGCCCGUACCUGCGUUGAGCGUUGGUGUGCCUCGUCCAUCGUAACCGGGAGAACAAACGCAGCAAAAGAUGAGCGCGGAAAUGAUGGUGAACGGGUUAGGACGAAAUCAGAUUUUUGCACGAGAUUAUGAGCGUGGAGAGGAUGGUGAAAAGAUGACAAGGACAGCAGAGUGCCGCGCGAGACUACUAGACGGCGCCAGAGUAGUGCGACGUCUUGGAGCUCUGUUGGUGACGGCUGCUGUGAAUCGUGCCCAUGCGCCGGCGCUCGUGAUUUCUAAAUUAGUAAGGCAGUCAUGCCGAACUUCACUCUAUUUGCAAUGUGCCGCGCGAGGCAGAUUGUCUGCACCCGCAAAGAUAUCACGUAUUGAAAACAUAGGGAGCUGUGCUCAAAUUUCGCAUUAUGGAGUGUGGUAAUCAUGGGCGAAUUUUAUUACGUUUCAUUUCACGGGUUCUCUCGUUCAAGAGCAUUAGCCAAGUAUUAUGUGCAAAUCAAAAUUUGUAGUCGGCGCGUACACGCUUAUUGCACAUAAAGGGAUUGACGCUGAAUUCAUACCUUGCUGUGUUGAAAGCCCUCAGGCACACUGAAACCAUAUGGUGGGGGUGGCGAACAGGGUUUCAGUUUUAGAGAAUGGCUGCUUGGCCACUUGUGAUGGGAGUUGCAUUGUUUAUAAAACGCACAGGCGAUUAUUGGCCAUGUGUGUUGAGUGAUACCGAUUUCUUCAGGCAUGCUUCUCAGUUUGCAAUGAAGGCUUGUGUUGCCAGAUGAAUUCAAAGCCAACUCGUUGUACUCUGUCUUAGAUAUUGCUGCCAAUGUGCAUUGUGAAUGGUAUCGAUUUAUUGAGGCAUGCUUUUCAGUCGUGUGUGAAUUUUAUAUUUAUUCUGUUCUAGAGCAGAAGUGUUAAUGGUUAAGGGAGUACUGACACAAAAUUUUGAAGGCGAGAACUCAUGUGGCCAGCUAUGUUUACACGAAACCCACUCUGGUUCCCGCCUCACUCGGCACUCUCCGAAACCGAAACUGCGACUAAGCGCUAUAAAACCGUCUUCAAAUAAUUAACUGUCGCUCGCUUGAGCAAACGAUCUUUCCGGCAGUGGUAAGUGGGUCGUUAGCUACUUAUUGCAACAGAAAAAAACAAGAUGCAAUAUUUUUGUGUCAGUGCUCCUUUAAGAUAUAAAUUCUAAGACUCUUGGUUGCCCACGCAUGUUUCUCUGAUAGUUAUCUUUGUUGAGGCUUAGUUAUGCUAGUUCUAGCAGUCUUUGAGACGAGAAAUCGUAAGCUGUCAUGCUGCGCUUAAUAUGCCAAAGCGUUGUAUUGACAAGGCCCUCUAAAUGCAUUCUCUUCUACAAUUUUAUGUCCUAAGUGCUUGUAAUCACUGAAAUGAAAUGACAUAAAACACUGCCUCGUUCUCGACCUCUAGUGUACAACAGGCAGGAAGGUUACUGACAUUAGACUUCUAAAGUCUUGACUUGUCAUACGAGUUUCGCUAUGUUUGUUUUACAGCUAGGCAAUGCAUCUUAUGCAAAGUCUUUUCCGAUGAAAUGUGUUUAGUUUAAAUUUGUGUUUGAGUGCACGCCCGAUUUCUUUGAUAACUUGCAGCAGGCUGGUUGCAGUGUUUGACAUGCCUUAGUUUUUGGUGGUGUUGUUAAGUUGAGGUGUUCUGCAAACCACACGUAAAAGCUGGCAGUUAUAGCAAACAGACCUCUCUAUACGGGAGGCAUUUUUGGCACAAAAAUACCUUUAAUAAGCGAUCAUAUUUAUUAUAAGUAUUUGCGCCUUCGCACAUAAAAGGCAUCCACCGGUUUUAGUUUUACUUCACUGAAUAUGGUAAUUUGUUGCAUGCAACAGCAUUUGUUGUAUUAACUUUAUCUAGUAUUCAGGCCUAAAAGAAGACAUGUAAUGAGGCUACAAGCUCUGUUCUUGCUGUGGCAGUUUUCGUAGUGAUGUAUUCGAAAGUUUAUUUCUUCUCAGUGUUCUCCUGGGCUUCUCUGACGAAAAUGCCUUUUAAGCUUUGCGAAACAAAUUACAAAUGCCACCACGCUGUUUAAGGGUUUAUUAUUGCUGAUGUGCAGAAUACUGUCACGUAGUUACUUUCAAUGGGGUGUCAAUCAAACGAAGAAGCCUUGAAAGCCUGAAAGUACACAGGAUUUAAAAGGCUUUAGAGAUUAUUUUUUAGCGGCCACAUUGGAAUGAGGAAUGAAGAGUUUGCGUGCAUGUGUAUUUGUGCCAACAAGUUUUUUCUGGCUUUGAUCACAAUCGCAUGCAUUCUUCAGGUACGCAAAUGCACCAUCCUCUCAAAACGCUAAUUGAGCAACAACACAGCAAGGCUAGUGAAGCCAUUCUGAAAAGCGAGCAUUAAGCAACGUUUCAGUAGUAGCAGAGGCAUCAGGCAUCACAUUUUUUUUAUUGAUUUCAGCUCUGUUUAAUAUUUAAUAAGGUGUCGCAUGAAGCAAUUUCAAUCGCAGUUGAGGCCGGCUGGGAUCGGCGUUUAUCGGCUGAUUUGUGCAAAAUGCGAAACGGAGCCAAUCACAAUCAACCUCGAUCAUAAUUGGAGCUCUGUUGCGAUUGGAAGUGCCCAUACGACAUGCACAUGCUUCCCUAGGCUGUAAUAUCAUUUUUUAGUCUGUCCGGUAUUGCAAAGGCGUAGCUUAAUACCGGAUAGCUUGUGCCAUAGCUGCCGCCAUGUCAAGUGGCGCCAACUGUGGAGGAUAAUGAACACAAUCUAUGUCCUCCGAGAUUCCGGAAACACCUAUCACCACUCUCUAAGCCUACAGCAUUGAUUAUUUGAGUAUGGCUCUCGAAAACAGUGCCUAAUCGACACAAAUACUUUGCUUUCGAAGCUUAAGGACAUGAAUCUAAAGCAAAUAAAAUCAUCAGUUUGGAGCUAAUGAGCUGCAGAGUGCACGAUGACCACUUGAUGGAUUCGAGGUGGACGGCAACUGCUUUCGACAGUGCAGCCAUGUUUUUCGGGCGAGCAUGUGCAGUUCAAACUCGGCAUUCCAGUAUACGCAGAGCCUUUUGCGUAUACUAGUAGCGGAAUACCGGACAGACUAAAACACUCUAAUGUUGGGAUAUUGAUUUUUUUCGCUGCUUGCCACCUAACCUACCCUAGUGAAAAUGCUUUGGUAGUAAUGCACUUGUUUGUUGCCAAUAGUGAGUUGUACUUCCAUUUCACCUUUGUGUGAUGGCUUCGCCAUCGAUGUAUUGUUUUCUCUCUGUUUUUCCUAUGUUCAUUUUUGGACAACAGUGUUGUCUUUUUACAACAACAGUGUUGCUUCUUUGCCUUGUUAGCGUGGACUAGCAUUCGAGCUGUGAGCGUCAUUGAGUGCGCAGGCCUGCCUUGUACCAAAGCUGUAUAUAUUUUUACCCCCGUGGUGAAACCUGUUGUUUUGUCAAUAAAAUGCGGUGUGCGAACAUUGGA